AUGGCGAGGAGAAGGCCAGGGCGGGGCUGGGCGGGGCCCGGGGCUGCUGGCCUUCCGGCGGGUGGUGCAGUUGCUGCAGAGGAUGCAGCAGAAGGUGACCCAGGAGCGGGAUGUCGAGAAGGACUUGUUCGAGAAAUUUAUCAGCGGAUGUGUCACUGCAAAUCUGGCGGGGCUGAGCUGCAGACCUCGAUCGAAACCGCGCAGGCCAGGCUGCCGCAGCUCCGAAACACAUUGGACGAGUUGAAGCAUGCGAAGGCUCAGCAGGAUGCUGACAUUAAGAAACACAAAGCCGAUAAUGCUGCGGCUAAGGAGGCUCUUGAUAAGGCGCAUGCCCUACGUAACAAGGAAGCCAAGGCCAGUGCCAGCGCCAUUUCAGAACUGAGAGUCAACAUCGAGGCUGUCGGCAAAGCUCUGGAUGCGCUCAAGAAUGGCAUGGAGGAGAGCUUUUUGCAAACAGGAGCAGCCGACAUCCUGCGACGGCUCAUCGUGGAUGCGGACAUGAGGUCAGCGGAUCGCGACAAGGUCGCUGCCUUUGUGUCGGUGGGCGAUGCUGGCAGCGCGGCCAACUCAGGUAGAUACGAACCCAAGUCUGGUGAUAUCAUUGGCAUACUCACUACGAUGGCUGAUGCAAUGCAGGAAGACCUCGCCAAAGCGAUAGCUAUUGAGGACCAGUCCAUAAGGGGCCAUGGAAGCUUGGUCGAGGCCAAGGAGAAGGAGGUCAAGGCCUUGACAAAAGCGACAGAGGACUUGCUGGAGAGCUCUGGCUUGUUGGGGGUUGAAUCGUGGACGUGGUUGGCGACAUCGACAGCACCGAGAAGACGUAUGCCGAGGAUCAGAAAUACGCCGCCCAGCUGGCAAAGAGCUGUGCCUCGAAGCAGGAGGAAUGGGACACCAGGUCUCGGCUGCGCAACGAGGAGCUGCUCGCGAUAA